AACCAUCGUCAAGGAUUCAAGAAAUCUGAUCGAUCCUGAAGGACCUGAACACACACUAUUGAACAGUCGGCCAGUCGAAGGAUAAAGAAAAAUCAAUGGAAGUAGGCCCAGAGGAGAAGUUGCAGGGCUUUGUAGUUGGGGAUGUGCCAACGUUGUACUACAUACCUGACUUCUUAACCCAUCCCCAACACGACCAACUCCUCGAUCAUAUUUAUCAAGCUCCAGCUUUCAAGUGGAAAACCCUCAAAAACAGGAGAUUGCAAAACUGGGGAGGGGUUGUCCAUGAAAAGGGUCUAUUAGCUCAAGAAUUACCUCCAUGGCUGACAAAUAUUACUCAAAAGAUAUUUGAUGAAUCAAGGAUGUUUCCUUCAGCAAUUAAUCAUGUGCUUAUCAAUGAAUACCAACCUAAUCAAGGAAUAAUGCCUCAUCAAGAUGGUCCUGCUUACUUUCCGGUAGUAGCUAUUGUUUCUCUGGGUUCUCCCGUCGUAAUGGACUUUAGUCCCCAUUUGGGUUUGACAAAUUCUACGAACCAGUCAGGAAACGGAAUGGAGGAUAUAGUUUCUGGUACAGGAGCUCCAGAUCGUAAUCUGCAGAAAACUUACAAGCCCUUCUCCGUUUUAUUGAUGCCCCGGAGCUUACUAAUCUUUAAAGAUAAGGCUUAUUCAGAAUACAUGCAUGGUAUAGAAGAUAUUCCGGUGCAGCGGGGUGAUAGGGUGGUGAAUGUUGGUGAAUUUUUAAAGUAUCAUGGGGCAAAUCAGAUAACAGGUUCAGAGGACUUGUGCGAGGGGACUGAUGUGGAUUUAAAUAGCAUUCGCAGAACUACCAACAGAAUCUCAUUGACCUGUCGAGUAGUUCCAAAGGUUAAUAAAAAGUUGUUCAAGUUUUAAACUGGUCAUAUGUUCUAAAAGGUGUUAAUGCUCGUUAUGUUUCGGGACAUGCUGUGAAAUUAGAGGGAAAUGUUAGUUUGCUAUUGCAGGGAGGUGUAUUUGAUUCGGAUUUUGUGAGCUCUAAACUGAUUAUUGAUGAUUCUUUGAUUUUAAGAUACCUUUAAGUUUUUUAAUGGAGUAUUGAAUUUUAAAAGAUUGUUUA